AUGGUUACAACAGCACUGGAGUUAAAACCAUCCAGACAUGCCAAGAAAAGACGCCCGUUCCUCUUCCUCAUCUUCACAAUCCUCUCCAUCCCGUUUUUCCUGCUGGAGGAUGUGUCCUGCUCUAUUAUCAUGUCCCCCGUGUACAUGAGCUUCCUUUUCCAGCUGUCGCUGUUCUCCUACAAGAUGGGACUGUUCCGGCUGACGUUCAUCAGCCCAGAGAGGUGCAGGCACACCCUCUUCCCCCUCUGCUGCACUUGUCAGCUUCCUGAGGAUGUGGUGAGGGUGGUAAUGAGAGCUCUGAAGUGGCAGGGCCUUCUUCUAGCUGUCAUCACUUUAAAUCCCACAGUUGCUUUCCUGUGCCAGUCACAGGAGCACGAGCACUGCCGGGUGGCUCUCAUCUCCAUGUGCACCCUCAGCCUCUUCCUCUCUGCUGCACCCAUGGUCAUUUCCAGCACAAUCGUCAUUGUUCAUGUCAAGUGUGUCCCCCAGCAGCAGCAACCUGAGAAGGCUGACAUCGUUAUCUUCCUCAUUGUGCUCUUUGCUCACCGUGUGAGCAUCUGCAAUUUCCUGCAGCAGUUGGGCUACAUUGCUCUGUCGUCCCACGUGGUUUUCUGGCUCACCUGCAUCCACAGCACCAUCAAACCCUUCAUCUAUGCCUUGGUGGGAAGCUGGAGGAGGCCCUGCAGCAUGGAGAGCUGCUGUAGGCACUGCUCCAUGAAGACCCAGAGGGCCACCCUCCAGAGAAUAUUUGAGAUGCCAGAAGAAAACUCUGCCCACAGCAAUGAUGCCACCAUGGACACAGGCUCUGAGCCUGUUGAUCCCUUCCCCUGCACUGCUGAAGGACCCCGGGACAGUGGCUGAGGGAUUCCUUGACUCACCUGAUCAAUAAAUACCCACAGGAUCCCCUCCUGCACUGCAAUCCUGCAGGAGAAGGGAGCAGGGGCAUUGCCACGGGUGAUGUGGGAGGGAUGCUCUGCAGGGACCACAUUGGAGCGUGGCUUUCCUCCUCCCUCCCGGUUCCACACGGCUCUGAGCAGGGCAGCCGGGCUCAGUCCUGUUCCCCAGCUCCAUUGCCCAUGGAAUGACCCUCAGUGCCUCGGCCCCAGGGAAUAAACUGCGUCUCCUUUGGCUCAGCAGAGGAGUUUCACGGUGUUUUGAGGGAUCUCUUGCCUGCACAGGGUGUCACAGGUUGAGCCCUGGGGACACACCCAGCAUGGGGCAGCGGUGAUUUCCCAAAUCUCUGUGGGGCUGGUGCCUCCAGAUGGCAGGAGAGGGGUUGGGAUGGCCCGGAGCAUCCUUCCCCUUCUGUCCCGCAGAGCCGGCCCUGCAUUCCCGGCUGAUGGGAAGAGACCAAGCUGGCACCAGGUAGGG